AUGACCUCGAGCUCCGACACUCCCGUCAUGACGUCGUCGUCGUCGGCGGCGUACUCGACGAGCGUGACCAAGCUUACUGAUGGCGCUGGCGUGCCGGAUGAGGCGGCCUCGAACCCCCAUCACGUACGCAAGGGCAAUGCCGUCUCGGGCUUCAAGAAUCCAUACCCAUCCUACUCGAACCCCGUCACGCUGACCUCCCUCCUUCGAAACAUUGUCUGGCCCAUCAUCACCGGCGAUCUCAAGCAGCCGGAUACGAAGCCCCCGACGGUGCCCGUCGUCGCGCCCGAGUUGCUACCGAACCGAACCGCCUCGGACAAGCUCCGGGCCACCUGGCUCGGCCACGCGUGCUACUACGUCGAGUUCCCGUCCGGCCUGCGCGUCCUCUUCGACCCCGUCUUCGAGGACCGCUGCUCGCCCUUUACCUUCAUGGGCCCCAAGCGCUUCACGCCCCGGCCGUGCGACAUCCGGGACAUACCCGUCAUCGACGCCGUCGUCAUCAGCCACAGCCACUACGAUCACCUUUCCCACGCCUCCGUCCUCGACAUCCAAAAGAGCCACCCCGACGUCCAGUUCUUCGUCGGCCUCGGGCUCGAGAAGUGGUUCCGCAAGAGCGGGCUCCGAAACGUCACCGAGCUCGACUGGUGGCACGACGCCGAGCUGACCGUCGAAGUCCAGCCCGAGGCCAAGGGCGCGGCCGAGGGGGAGGCCAAGGCCCGGCGAAUCUCGGCCCGCAUCUCCUGCCUGCCGUGCCAGCACACGUCGGCCAGGUCGCUCUUCGACAAGGACACGACCCUGUGGUGCUCGUGGGCGGUGCGGUCCGGCCAGAAGUCGGUCUGGUUCGGCGGCGACACGGGCUACCGCGCGGUGCCGCGUCUGCCGGCCGGCGUCGACGACUACGGACCCGAGUACGAGGCUUUGCCGCGGUGUCCCCAGUUCAAGCAGAUCGGCGCGCUGCGCGGGCCCUUUGACCUCGGCCUGAUCCCCAUCGGCGCCUACUACCCGCGCGCCGCCUUCUCGGCCAUGCACGCGAACCCGUUCGACUCGGUCGAGAUCUUCCAGGACACGCGUUGCGAGAAGGCCAUGGGCAUCCACUGGGGCACCUGGGCCCUGACCAUGGAGGAGGUGCUCGAGCCGCCAAAGAUGCUGCGCGAAGCACUGCGGCGCAAAGGCAUCGCCGAGACGGGCGUCUUUGACGUCUGCGACAUUGGCGCAAGCAGGGAGUUUUGA